ACAUCCGGUUUGUGGUGGAACCAGGCCGCUGUCCCGCCGGGGCGAGCCCGUCUUGCCGUGACAAUAACAAGCGCGUGUGCGGGGUGGCGGGGAGCUAAAUUUCCAGCGUGUUCAUGCGGCUCCCAGCAGGUGCUCACUGUGGAAAGGUAGAAGGCCAGCAGAAUGGUGAAACAAUCCCAGCUGAGCAAGCAAACACUUCAGAUGACACAGUUACGGGUGCUGGGCGUCUUCAGAAUGAUCAGAUAGUUCAGAAAAUAGAGGAAGUACUGUCUGGGGCCCUUGAUACACAGCUACAGUGUAAAUCAGGUGUACAGGAAGAUUUGGUGACAAAUAGAUCUCCCUCUACAAAAAGAGGCCUUACUGAUGAAGGAGAAGAUGAAAUUCCAAGAAAAAAGUCAAAAAAGAAUAAAAAACACAAAAGUAAGAAGAAGAAGAAGAAGAAAAAGAAGAAAAGGAAGAAAGAGAAAAAACAUAAAAAGCAGCCAAAGGAAUCAAAAUUAAGUGCACAGUAUAGAGAGCAUGCAGAUUUACAACCUGCUUCUCACUUAAACCCAGAAAAAAUAGUCUCAAAAUUGAUCACACAGCAUGGAGGACAUUCAGAUUCACAUCUUGCUGGUCACAUGCAGCCAGAAGAAUUGGGCACAAAAUUGAGUGCAGAGUGCACAUGUCAUUCAGUUAAAAAACUUGCACCUUAUUUGCUAGCAGAUUCUGAAUCAUCCAGAGAAAAACUUGGAAGUGAAAAAACGAACUUGACUUUGACUGAUACAAAUAGUGCUUUCUGUUCAGAAACGAGCAAAUUGGAUACCCAGAAAGAAAAUACCAGUACAAUUAAAAUUCAAGAGGAAGUUAAACAAUUGGAGAAUAAGACUCACGAAAAUAAAUAUGUAGCUAUUAAUAUGAAUAUAAAGGACGGACCUUUAGUCAUUAAAGACACUGAAAAUGGUACCGUGUCUACCAACAAAACUAAAGUUGCUAGUCAAUCUGAAAUUGAAAAGGAUUUGGAAACUAUUCCAGCCACUGAGAUAACUGAAGAAUUAAAAGAUUCUGAAGCUACCCUGAAAUCAGUGGGCAUGAUGGAGCUGAAAGAAUUAAAAACAACUCUAGAAUCUGAGGCCAUGGCAAAGAUGAAAUGUUCAGAAGAAAUUCUAAAAUCUCUGACCGUGGCAACUUCAGAAGGUUUGGAUGCCCCUCUAGAAUCUGUGGUCAUAUCAGAGGUGAAAGCAACUUCAGAAUCUGUGGUUGCAACAAAUGAUUUGAUACCAACUCCAACAUCUGUAGUUGUAAUGGAGAAGAAAGCUUUGGAAGAAACUACAGAAUCUGUUGUGACAGAUAUGAAAGGUUUGGAAGCAACUAAAGGCAUUGUGGAUGUAUCAGAGGCAAAACACUUGGAAGGAGGUCUCGAAUUUGUGACUGAGACUGAUAACUUGGAAGCAGCUUCAAAAUCUGUGACCAACGCAGAGGUGAAUAGCAUGGAAGCAGUUCCGGAAUCUUUGUUGGAGGUGAAAGGUUCAGAAGCAGCCUCAGAAUUUGUAGCCUUGGAGGUGAAAGAUUUGAAAAGAACCCUAGGAUUUGUUGCACUGGGGAAAGGUACAGAAACAACAUUAGAAGCUGUUGUGAACACACAGGAUUUGAAAGCAGCCUUAAAACCUCUGGUGGAGGUGGAAGGUUUGGAAGUAACUCCAGAACCUCUGUAUAUUGAGGAGGCAAACAGCACAGAAGGAGCCCUGGAAUCUGUGGCUAUGGCAAUAGAUGUAGAAGCAACCUACAAACCUGCUUCUGUGGCAAAUGCAAAAGAUGCAGAAUCAGCUUUACGGUCUCUGCAAAUGCAAGAUAUGAAAAAUCCAGUAGGAUUCCUGGAACCUGUAGAGGUGGUAAAAAGUUCAGAAACAAUCCUAGAACCUGUAAUGGUGACAGAGUUGAAAGAUUUGGAAGGAAGUCCAGAAUCUCUGCACAUUCAGGAUGUGGAAGAUUUGGAAGUAUCCUUAGAACCUAUGGUCAUGGUAACAGGUCUGGAAGUGGCUCCAGAAUAUGUGGCUACAGAGAAAGCUACAGACACAAUUUCACCCUUUGUGGAAACAGAAGAAGUUAAAGAUCUGGAAGGAGUCCUAAUAGAAUCUGUGGCAGUGGCAAAAGGUCCAGAAGCAACUCUAGAACAUGUGGUCUUGGCAGAGAAGAAAGAUGUGGAACCAACACCACCUCUGCAAAUGGAACAAGUGAAAGAUUUGAAAGGAGCCCUAGAAACUGUUGCCUUGGGAGAAUGUUUAGCAGCAACCCAAGAACCAGUGAUAGAAGUAAAAGAUGCAGGUGCAAUUCUUGAAUCUGUGUCAGAGGUGAAAGAUUCAGAACCAGUAUCACUGUCAUUCUUGCAGAUGGAAGAUGUGAAAGGUUUGGAAGGAGGUGUAAAAUCUGUGGCUGUGGCAAAAGAUUCAAAGCCAACCCUAAAAACUGUGGCUGUGGAGGAGGGACGAAGUUCAGAAGCCAUUCGUUUGUCUUCAGAAAUGGAGAAUGUGAAAGAUUCAGAAGAAACCGUAGAAUCUGUGACCAUGGCAAUAGGUUCAGAACCAAACUUAGAACCUGUAGCCAUGGAAGAAGCUAAAGCUCCAGAAGCAAUUCUGUCUUUGCAAAUAGAGAAUAUGAAAGAUUCAGAGGCAAUGCUACAGUCUCUGCAAUUAGAAGAUGUGACAGAAUUAAAAGGAAUUAAAUCUAUGGUGGUGACUAAAGAUUUGGGAGCAACCCUAUGGCCUCUAGCCAGAGCGGAGGAGAAAAGUGUGUUUGUUUCUUCACCAUCUUUGCAAACAGAAAAUGUGAUAGAAUCAGGAGUCCUAGAAUCUGUGGGUGUGAUGAAGUUGAACGCUUUGGAAGAGUCCAUAGUUACGGUAGAGAUGAAGGAUUUUAAAAAGCCUAUACAAGCUGAGUCUGAGAGCACAGCUCAAUUUAAAGUUUUGGAAGCAAUUCCUGAAUUUCUGUCUAAGAAGGGAGAUUUGGCAAUAACUCCAGAAUCUGUGUCAAUAUCAGAUGUGAAAAACUUGAAAGUAAUUGGACAACCCAUAUCACUGGCAGAAGUGAAAGAUUUGGAAAUCCCCCCAGAAUCUGAGGCAGUGGCAGAGUCAAAGGAUUCAGAAACAACUAUACAAUCUCAGGAAGUGAUAGAAGUGAAAGAUUUGAAAACAACUCCACAAUCUCAAGUUGUGACCCAAGUGACUGACCUAAAAAUAUCUCCACAUACUGAGGUGGAGGUGAUGAAAGGUUUUGAAACAGCUGCAAAGUCUGAUGCCACUGUAAAAAAGGUUGAAGAUUCUAAAUCAGCUCUGGAAUCUAGGGCAGUAGUAGAAGUGAAAGAUCCAGAAGCCAAAUUGGGAUCUGAGGCAAUAGCAGGCCCAAAAUGUUCUAAAAAAUUUCUAGAGUCUGAGGCCAAGACAGAGCUGAAGCAUUCAGAAGAUAUUCCAGAAUCUUUACAUUUAUCAGACUUCAAAAAUUAUGAAAAAACUACAGAAACGGAGGUAGUGAUUCAAAUGAAAGAUUCCAAAGCAACUCAGAAAUCUGAGGCCAUCACUCUGGUGAAAGAAUCUGAAGUUAGUCGAGAAUUACUACACAUAGUGGUGAAAGAUUGGCAGUCAACUCUAGAACCUGAGACUGUAACAGUGUCAAAAGAUUUGAAGGAAACUCCAGGGUGUGAAAUGGCAGCGAUGAAAGUUUUGGAAACAACCCUAAAAUCAGAAGCAGUCAUGGAGGUAGAGCACUCGAAAUCUGCUCCAGAAUCUUUGUAUAAAGCAACGGUAAAGGAUUCAGAAGCAGUUCCCGAAUCUCUCUGCACAACAAAGGUGAAAGUUGCAGAAGUAGAUGUAGAGAUGUCAGCAAAGGGGAAACAUUUGAAAGAAACCUUAGAAUCUAGGAUCAUGGUAGAUGUGGAAACUGCUUCAGAAUUUGUAGUCGGGAAGAAUGUAAAAGAUUUGCAAGAUAUUCCAGAACAUUGGCAACCAGUGGAUGUGAAAGUUUUGAAAGCCUCUUUAGAAUCUGAGAAAACAGUGGAAGUAAAACAUCCAGAAGCAACUCCAGAAGUUGAGGGGUUGACAAAGAUGAAAGAUUUGGAAGAAAAUCUGGAAUCUCUGAUCGCGGUAGAAGGGGAAGAUUUGGAGAGAAUUACAGAAUCAAUCCCAUUGGUAGAAGUGAAAGAAACUGAGGCUGUGAUGGAUCUGAAUUUCUCAGCAACAACUCUAAAAUCUGACAAAACAGCAGAGGUGAAACUUUUGGAAGAUACGCCAGAAUCUUUGACAGUGGAAAAAGUAAAAAAUUCAAAAGCAUGUCCAGAAUCUCUGCAGAGUGGAGAGCAGAAAGAUUUGAAAGCUGAAGCUGCAAGCGAUCUGAAGCAUUUGGAAAAAACUUUGGGCACUCCACAGCUUAAAUAUUCAGAAGCAGUUUUGAAAUCUAUGGGUGUAGAUGAGAUAAAACAUUUGGAAAAAACUCUAGAAAGUCCUAAUACAGUGAUAAAUGUGGAAACCGUUUUAGAAUCUCAGCAUGCUGUGGAUGUUAAAUUGCCAGAAACACCUCAGAUUCCCGAGUUAGCAGGGGAGGUGAAAGAUUAUGAAGUAGCUCUAGAAUCUGAAGCUACUGCACAGGCAAAUUACUUUCAAACUACUGCAGAGUUUGUGGCCAUGGUGGAGAUGAAAGAUUUGAUAGCAGUUCCAGAUCCUCUUCACACAGUAAGCGUGAAUAACUUGGAAGCAACUCCAGAAUUGGUAGCAGCUGCAGAGAUAAAAGAGUUGGAAGCAACUCCUGAAUCUGUGGUGGUGCUGGCAGAAGAAAAACAUUUGGAAGUCAUUUCAGAUUCUCUGCAUUCUGUAGAGGUGAAGGAUUUACAAGCAGCUUCAGAAUUGGCAGCAGUGGUGAAAGAUUUGGAAGCAGCUCCAGACUAUGUGGGUAUGCUGGCAACAGUGAAAGAUUCAGAAGUAGUUCUAGAUUCUCUGCAUACUGUGGAUGUGAAAGAUUCUAAAAUAAGUCCAGAAUCUGUAGAAAUGGCUUCAGAGAUGAAAGAUUCAGAAGCAGCUCCAGGGUCUGUGGUGGCAGCAGAGGAACUAAAAUAUUCAGAAACAAAUCCAGAAUCAGUGACUGCAGAAGUGAAAGGUUUAGAAGCUGCUCUAAAAUCUGUUGUGGCAGAGGUGAAGGGAUUGAGAACAGUUCCAAAGUCUGUGGCAGCAGAGGUGACAGUUUUGGAAGCAGCAACCGAUACUUUAUGUCCUGUAGAUGUAAAAGAUUUUGAAAUGACGCCAAUAUCUUUGCUGGAGGCUGAAAAGGUGAAGGAUUUGGAAGCAGCUCCAGGUUUUCUGCACACUGUAGAUAUGAAAGAUUCUGAAACAAGUCCAGAACCUGUGGUAGUGGCUUCAGAGGCAAAAGAUUCAGAAGUCACUCCAGUAUCGGUUGUGACAGCAGCAGAGCUGAAAUAUUCAGAAACAAGUCCAGAAGCUGUGGUGGUUACUGCAGAAAUGAAAGAUUUAGAAGCAGUUCCAGAGUCUGUGGCUGAAGUGAAGGAUUUGCAGGCUGCUCCAGAUGCUGUGAUGGCCGUGGCAGAUUUUAAAACUUCUAUGGAAUCUUUGACAGUGAUGACAGCAGAGGUGACAGAUUUGGAAGCAGCACAACACUUUCUAUGUAAUGUAGAUGUAAACAAUUCUGAAACAAAUAUAGAAUCUAUAGUAAUGGUGGAAGAGGUGAAAGAUUUGGAAGCAGCUCCUGAUUUUCAGCAUAUUGUUGAUGUGAAAGAUUCUGAAGGAACAUCACAAUCUGUGGUAGUGGCUGCAGAGAUGCAUUCUAGAACAUUUCCAGAAUCUGUGGUUGCAGAGGUAAAAUAUUCAGAAACAAGUUCAGAAUCUGUGAUAGUGGCAGCAGAGGUGAAAGAAAAAGCUGCUCUGGAAUCUGACAGAGAGGUAAAAGAUUUGAAAGUUACUCUAGAAUCUCUGGUAACAGUGGCAGCAGAGGUGACAAAUUUGGAACCAGCUGCAAAUUUUCAGCUUAAUGUAGAUGUAAAAGAUUUGGAAACCAUUCCAGAAUUUGUUAUGGCAGUGGCAGAGACAAAAGAUUCAGAAACAAGUUUGGAAUCUGUGGUGGUGACAGCAGAGGUGAAAAAUUUGGAAGCACCUCAAGAAUCAGAGGCAACCGUGAUAGAGGGGACAGAUUUGCAAGCUGUUGCAGUUUCUCUGGUGGUAGUGGCAGAGGGAGAAGACCUGGAAGCAGCUUGUAAUUCUCUGCAUACUCUCGAUGUGAAUGAUUCAGAAGCAACCUCAAAACCUGCAGGCAUAGCUGCAGAGAUGAAAGAUUUGGAAGUACCUGCAGAUUCUCUGAAUGAAAUUUAUGUUAAAGAUUCAGAAACAACUCAAGAAUCUGAAGCAGUGACAGAGGUGAAGGAUUCAGAAGCAGCUUCAAAGUCUGUGGCGAUAGAGGCAGAGGUGACAGAGCAAGCUGCUCCAUGUUCUCUGGUGGCGGUGACAGAGAUAGAAGAUUCGGAAACAUCUCUUGUUUCUCUGCAUACUUUAGAUGCUAAUGAUUCAAAAGCAGUUCCAGAAUCUGUGCUGACUAUGGGAGAGGUGAAAGAUUUGAAGGCACCUCCAGAUUCCCUACAUACCAUGUAUGUUAAAGAUUCAGAAACAACUCCAGAAUCUGAGGCAGUGGCAGCAGAGAUGAAAGAUUCAGAAGCAGCUUCAGCAUUUGGAGCAGCGGUGGCAAUGGUGAAAGAUUCAGGAGUGCCUCCAGAGUCAGCAGUAGCUGUGACAGUGGUGCAAGAUUGGGGAAUUGCUCUGCAGUUGACAGCAGCAGCGCAAGAUUCGCCAGAAUCAGAAGCAGCUCUAGAGGUGGCGGCUGUGGCAGUGGUGCAAGAUUUGGCAGUGGCUCCACAGUCGGCUGUGGCUAUAUCAGCGACACAAGAUUUGGCAGCAACUCCACAGGUGGCGAUGGCGGCAACGCAAGAUUCGGCAGAAGCUCCAGAGACAACGGUGUCUGUGGCAGGGUCGCAAGAUUGGGCAGCGGCUCCACAGUUGGCAGUGGUGGUGACAGCAUCGCAAGAUUCGGCAGCGGCUCCACAGUUGGCAGUGGUGCAGGAUCUGGCAGCAGCUCUAAGAUCUGUGGGAGAAGUGAAGAAGAACGCUGAAGAUCGUUUAAAAGAAAAAAAAGCACAUGAAAAAACUAACAAGAGUAGUGAUAAAAAUAAACACGAAUCAAAGAAAUUAAAAAGGAGUAAAUCUAAAUCUCUUUCACGAUCCAAGAAACGAAAGAAGAAAUCUAGGUCACGCUCUGUCUCUAAACAUUUGAAAUCUAAAAGAGCAAGGUCUAGAAGCAGAAACUACUCAGUUUCCAGAAAAAAACAUUCCACGUCUUAUGACAAGUCUAGAUCAAGGUCUGUUGAAAAAAGAGGAGGGAAAGACUCUUCAUGGAGAGCUAGACGCAGGCGCUCAAGGUCCUCUGGUAGUCUCAAGUCAAGAUCAAGAUCCAUAGGCAAAGACUCUUCCUGGAGAUCAAGACGCAGGCGCUCCAGGUCUUCUGAUCAUCUUAAGUCUAGGUCCAGAUCUGUUGAAAAAAGAGAGCGCAAAGAUUCUUCACGGAGGUCUAGACGCAGACGCUCCAGGUCCUUUGAUCGUCUCAAGUCUAGGUCCCGAUCUGUCGAAAAAAGAGAGCGCAAAGAUUCUUCACGGCGGUCUAGACGCAGGCGUUCCAAGUCCUUUGAUCGUCUUAAGUCUAGAUCCAGAUCCAGGUCUGUUGGAAAAAGAGACCGCAAAGACUCUUCACGGAGGUCCAGACGCAGACGUUCCAAGUCCUCUGAUCGUCUUAGGUCUAGAUCCAGGUCUAUUGGAAAAAGAGACCGCAGAGACUCUUCAUGGAGGUCCAGAUGGAGGCGCUCCAAGUCCUCUGAUCGUCUCAAAUCCAGAUCUAGAUCAAUUGAAAAAAGAAGGGCCAGAGAUUCUCCAUGGAGGUCUAGAUGGAGGCGCUCCAAGUCCUCUGAUCGUUUCAAGUCUAGAUCCAGGUCUUUCGAAAAAAGUGGAAAAGAAUCUUCCUGGAGGUCUAGACGCAGACGCUCUAGGUCCUCUGAUUGGCUGAAGUCAAGAUCCAGAUCCAGAUCUUUUGAAAAAAGGGGGGGUAGAGAUUAUUCCUGGAGGUCUAGAUGGAGACGCUCCAAGUCCUCUGAUCGUUUCAAGUCUAGAUCCAGGUCUUUCGAAAAAAGUGGAAAAGAAUCUUCCUGGAGGUCUAGACGCAGACGCUCUAGGUCCUCUGAUUGGCUGAAGUCAAGAUCCAGAUCCAGAUCUGUUGAAAAAAGAGGGGGCAGAGAUUCUUCAUGGCGGUCCAAACGUAGACGCUCCAAGUCAUCUGAUCGUCUAAAAUCUAGAUCUAAAUCUGUUGAAAAAAGACGAGGUAGAGACUCUUCACGGAGGUCUAAACGUAGACGUUCUAAAUCCACUGAUCAUCUCAAGUCUAGAUCCAAAUCUCUUGAAAAAACACGCAGUAAAGAGUCUUCACGGAGGUCUAAACGUAGACGUUCUAAGUCCUCUGAUCGUCUCAAGUCUAGAUCUAAAUCUGUUGAAAAAAGAGAGAGCAAGAGGCCUUCACGAAGAUCUAGAAGUAAACGCUCCAAGUCUCCUGUCCGUCACAAGUCCCGAUCCAAGUCUAUGGAAAAGGUAGCAGCUCAAAAGAUUUCACAGAGGUCUCGAAGCAGCUGCUCAAAAUCUACUGAAGGCCACAAGACUGGAUCAAAAUCUGUUGCAGAAGUACAGGUUCAGGAACCUUCCCAGAGGUCUCGAAGCAGCCGCUCCAAGUCUUCUGAAGGUCACAAGACUGGAGCAAAAUCUGUUGCAGAAGUACAGGUUCAGGAACCUUCACAGAGGUCUCGAAGCAGCCGCUCCAAAUCUUCUGAACGUCAGAGGUCUAGAUCCAAAUCUGUUGAAAAAGUAGAGGCUCAGGAACCUUCCCAGAGAUCUCGAAGCAGCCGCUCCAAGUCUUCUGAACGUCAGCGGUCUAGAUCCAAAUCUGUUGAAAAAGUAGAGGCUCAGGAACCUUCCCAGAGAUCUCGAAGCAGCCGUUCCAGAUCUUCUGAACGUCUCAAGUCCAGAUCCAAAUCUGUUGAUGAAAUAGAGGUUCGGGAGUCUUCCCAGAAGUCUCCAAGUGGCCACUGCAACUCUUUUGAAUAUUACACAUCUAGACAUAAAUUUCUAGAUGAAAUAGUGGUUCAGAAUCUUUCUCAGAGGUCCAGAAAUAGCCGCUCCAAGUCCUUGGAAUGUCACAAGUCCAGAUACAAAUCUGUUGAAAAAAUGGAGGUUCAGGAGCUUUCACAGAAGUCUCAAAGUAGCCCCUCUCACGCUUUUGAAUGUCACCUAUCUGGGUCCCAAUCUGUUGAAGAAAUAGAGAUUCAGGAGCUUUCACAGAAGUCUAAAAUUAGCCACUCUCGGUCUUCUGAAUGUCACCUGUCUGGGUCCCAAGCUGUUGAAGAAGUAGAGAUUCAGGAAGUUUCACAGAAGUCUCAAAGUAGCCCCUCUCACGCUUUUGAAUGUCACCUAUCUGGGUCCCAAUCUGUUGAAGAAAUAGAGAUUCAGGAGCUUUCACAGAAGUCUAAAAUUAGCCACUCUCGGUCUUCUGAAUGUCACCUGUCUGGGUCCCAAGCUGUUGAAGAAGUAGAGAUUCAGGAAGUUUCACAGAAGUCUCAAAGUAGCCCCUCUCACGCUUUUGAAUGUCACCUAUCUGGGUCCCAAUCUGUUGAAGAAAUAGAGAUUCAGGAGCUUUCACAGAAGUCUAAAAUUAGCCACUCUCGGUCUUCUGAAUGUCACCUGUCUGGGUCCCAAGCUGUUGAAGAAGUAGAGAUUCAGGAAGUUUCACAGAAGUCUCAAAGUAGCCCCUCUCACGCUUUUGAAUGUCACCUAUCUGGGUCCCAAUCUGUUGAAGAAAUAGAGAUUCAGGAGCUUUCACAGAAGUCUAAAAUUAGCCACUCUCGGUCUUCUGAAUGUCACCUGUCUGGGUCCCAAGCUGUUGAAGAAGUAGAGAUUCAGGAAGUUUCACAGAAGUCUCAAAGUAGCCCCUCUCACGCUUUUGAAUGUCACCUAUCUGGGUCCCAAUCUGUUGAAGAAAUAGAGAUUCAGGAGCUUUCACAGAAGUCUAAAAUUAGCCACUCUCGGUCUUCUGAAUGUCACCUGUCUGGGUCCCAAGCUGUUGAAGAAGUAGAGAUUCAGGAAGUUUCACAGAAGUCUCAAAGUAGCCCCUCUCACGCUUUUGAAUGUCACCUAUCUGGGUCCCAAUCUGUUGAAGAAAUAGAGAUUCAGGAGCUUUCACAGAAGUCUAAAAUUAGCCACUCUCGGUCUUCUGAAUGUCACCUGUCUGGGUCCCAAGCUGUUGAAGAAGUAGAGAUUCAGGAAGUUUCACAGAAGUCUCAAAGUAGCCCCUCUCACGCUUUUGAAUGUCACCUAUCUGGGUCCCAAUCUGUUGAAGAAAUAGAGAUUCAGGAGCUUUCACAGAAGUCUAAAAUUAGCCACUCUCGGUCUUCUGAAUGUCACCUGUCUGGGUCCCAAGCUGUUGAAGAAGUAGAGAUUCAGGAAGUUUCACAGAAGUCUCAAAGUUGCCACACUCAGUUUUCUGAAUGUCACAUGUCUAGAGCCAAAUCUGUUGAAGAAAUGGAGAUUCAGCAGCUUUCACAGAUGUCUCAAUGUAGCCACACGUCUAGAUCCAGAUCUGCUGAAGAAGUAGAGAUUCAGGAGCUUUCACAGAAGUCUCAAAGUAGCCAUUCUCAGUCUUCUGAAUGUCACAUAUCUGGAUCCACAUCUGUUGAAGAGAUGGAGGUUCAGGAUUCUUCACAGAGGUCUCGAAGUAGCCGUUCCAAGUCCCCUGAACUUCAAACAUCGAGAUCCAAGUCUGUUGAAAAAAUAGAGGGCACGGAUUCCUCACAGAGGUCUAGAAGUAGCCGUUCCAGAUCUCCUGAACUUCAAACGUCAAGAUCCAAGUCUGUUGAAAAAAUAGUGGGCACGGAUUCCUCACAGAGGUCUAGAAGUAGCCGUUCCAGGUCCCCUGAACUUCAAACGUCAAGAUCCAAGUCUGUUGAAAAAAUAGAGGGCACGGAUUCCUCACAGAGGUCUAGAAGUAGCCGUUCCAGGUCCCCUGAACUUCAAACGUCAAGAUCCAAGUCUGUUGAAAAAAUAGAGGGCAUGGGUUCUUCACCGAGGUCUCCAAGUAGCCGUUCCAGGUCUCCUGAACUUCAAAUGUCAAGAUCCAAGUCAGUUGAAAAAAUAGAGGGCACGGAUUCUUUACAGAGGUCUCGAAGUAGCCGUUCCAGAUCUCCUGAACUUCAAACGUCAAGAUCCAAGUCCGUUGAAAAAAUAGAGGGCACGGGUUCUUCACCGAGGUCUCGAAGUAGCCGUUCCAGGUCUCCUGAACUUCAAAUGUCAAGAUCCAAAUCUGUUGAAAAAAUAGAGGCACAGGAGCCCUCAAAGAGGUCUCGAAACAGCCGCUCCAGGUCCUUGGAAUGUGACAUGUCUAGAUCCAAAUCUGUAGAAGAAAUAAAGAGCACAGAUUCUUCACACAGGUUUCAGAGUAGCCGUUCAAGGUUUUCUUUACGUCACAAAUCCAGAUCCAAAUCUGUUGAAAACAUGGAGGUUCAGGGGCCUUCACAGAGUUUUCGAAGCAACCGAUCUAAGUCCUUGGAACUUCAAACAUCGAGAUCCAAGUCUGUUGAAAAAAUAGAGGGCACAGAUGCUUCACAGCAGUCUCAAAGUAGCCUCUCCAAGUUCCCUGAACUUCAGACUCUGACAUCCAGGCCUGUUGAAAAAAUAGAGAGCACAGAUUCUUCACAGCAGUCUCCAAGUAGCUGUUCCAAGUCUCUUGAACUUCAAGCGUUAAGAUCCAAAUCUGUUGAAGAAAUAAAGUUUUGGGUUCUUUCACAGAGGUAUAUAAGCAGCCGUUCCAAGUCCUCUGAAUAUCGAAAAUCCAGAUCCAAAUCUGUUGAAAAUAUGGAGGUUCAGGAGCCUUCACAGAGCUCUCGAAGCAACCGAUCUAAGUCCUUGGAACUUCAAACAUUGAGAUCCAAGUCUGUUGAAAAAAUAGAGGGCACAGAUUCUUCACAGAGGUCUCGAAGUAGCUGUUCCAAGGCUUCUGAACUUCAGGCUUUGAGAUCCAAGUCUGUUGAAAUAAUAGAGUGCACAGAUUCUUUACAGAAGUCGCCAAGUAGUCGCUCCAAGUCUCCUGAACUUCAAACAUCAAGAUCCAAAUCUGUUGAAAAAAUAGAGGGCAUGGAUUCUUCACAGAAGUCUCGAAGUAGCCGCUCCAAGUCUCCUGAACUUCAAACAUCAAGAUCCAAAUCUGCUGAAAAAAUAGAGGGCAAAGUGUCUUCACAAAGGUAUAGAAGUAAACGCUCCAAGUCGUCUUCACGUCACAAAUCUAGAUCCAAAUCAGUUGAAAAGGUAGAAGGCAAAGAGUCUUUGCGGAGGUCUAGAGCUAAGCGUUCCAAAUCUUCUGAGCGUAAAUCACAAAAGCAUGAUAGUGAAUCACGGUCUAGACGGAAUCGGUCUCGGUCAGUAACACGUAAAAGACGCUCAAAAUCUAAAUCAAAGCAUCGGUCUCGGACACGUUCCCUGUCACGUUCAAGACACAGGAGACGGACUCGGUCAAGAUCCGUGUCAAAAAGGAGGAGGUCUUCAUCACGAGAAAGACGUAGAAGAUCUCAGAGGAACAGAUCAAGGUCUGCUGAUCGAAGAAGAAGAUCAGACUCAAGAGAUCCCCGAAUAGUGCUCAGGUUACGGAGCAGAAGUCGAACACCUAUUCGGCGAAAACGGUCUAGGUCAGUCGGAAGAAGACGAAGCUCUAGCAAAUCACCAGUUCGGCUUAGGAGAUCAAGAUCAUCUGGGAGAAGAAGGUGCUAUAGCAGAUCACCUGAUCGUCAGAGACGGUCUAGAUCGUCUGAUAAGUUUUCAAGCAGAUCACCUAAACGGCUUACAGACUUGGACAAGGCCCAACUUCUUGAAAUAGCCAAAGCAAAUGCAGCUGCCAUGUGUGCUAAGGCUGGUGUCCCCUUACCUCCAAGCCUAUUGCCUAUUAUAGCUCCAGCAAAAAAGGAAGAAAAAGUUACUCAGAAGUCAGCAAGAGAUACAAUAAAGGAGCUCACUGAGAAAUGUAAGAAGAUUGCACAAAGCACAGAUGACGUGAUAGUGAACAAACCUCAUGAUUCCGAUGAAGAGGAGGAGGAACGCCCUUUCUAUAAUCAUCCUUUUAAACUCAGUGAACCCAAACCUAUUUUUUUCAAUUUAAAUACAACUCCUAUUGUAAAACCAGCACCAAAAAAUCAGGUAACUUUGACAAAGGAAUUCCCUGUCUCAUCUGGGUCUCAACACAGGAAAAAGGAAGCAGACAGCGUCUAUGGGGAAUGGGUUCCAGUUGAGAAAAACAAAGAAGAAAGCAAAGAUGAUGUUUUCCCAAAACCAGCUCUUGCACAGACUGUGGACAUCUCUACAGCAAUGAAUGAACGAACAAUGGCUCAGAAGAGGCUUACAGAAAAUACAUUUGACUUAGAGGCCAUGUGCUUGUUAAAUCGUGCCCAGGAACAGAUUGAUGCCUGGGCACAGUCAAACUCUCUGCCGGGCCAAUUCACCGGAAGUACUGGAGCACAGAUUUUGUCCUCGGAUGAGUUGUCCAACAGUGGUCCCCAAGCCUGGAUUAGAAAGGAUCAGUUCUUAAGAGCAGCCCCUGUAACUGGAGGAAUGGGAGCCCAACUGAUGAGAAAAAUGGGCUGGAGAGAAGGAGAGGGAUUAGGAAAAAACAAAGAAGGGACCGUGGAGCCUAUUCUAGUGGAUUUUAAGACUGAUCGAAAAGGCCUCGUUGCAGUGGGAGAAAAGACACAAAAGAGAUCAGGACAUUUUAGUGUAAUGAAGGAUCUUUCAGGUAAACAUCCAGUUUCUGCAUUGAUGGAGAUCUGUAAUAAAAGAAGAUGGUCACCACCUGUAUUUGUAUUAGUGGAUGAUAGUGGGCCUGAUCAUCGCAAACAUUUUAUCUUCAAGGUGAUGGUCAACGGGCAUGAAUACAGGCCUAGCUUUCCUAGCCUUAAUAAGAAGCAUGCUAAAGCCACAGCAGCAACUGCAGCUCUCCAAGCGAUGGGACUUGUACCAAAGGAAAGCAUGCCCAAUGCCACCAUCUUUAGGAGUGCCUCACACCGCUAGAUAUUGUUUUUUUUUUAUAUUGACAUAAUUUCAGAUAAUUGUACUCUGCACAAGAAAGGUAUUUUCCUGUUUCAUGUUGUAAAUACAUUGGUGAUUCCCACAUUGUAAAAACUGUACAGGCGCCUUCAGAAUUUUCUUUUGUACCAUCAAAAAUGUAUUUAAAUCAUACUUUAGUUUUUGGUAUGUUUAUAUUGUUUACAUUAGUGAUGUAAUUAUUUCUUAAAUGACUAAAUUCAAUAGACAGAUUUGGGAGGGCAUCAGUAAUCUAAACCCUUGUUUUAAAACGUAUACGAUUUCUCUUUGAAACCCAUGCAAGUUCUCUUCAAUAUGGAAUGUUAACACUUUCAUACUCUUUUGUACUAUGAUGCAGUUUUCCCUGGUCUUGGUAAAGCUACUGUUGUUAGUACCUUUACCCAUAGCCAGUACAAGGCUGUGCAGCUUAUCAUAAGUCUAGAAAAAGGCUGGUAUGUACUGCUGGACAGAUACUGGGCCAGUAAUGUUACCCCUCCAAGAAAGUAGGUAAAUUAUGGCACUGUUGUACAGUGCUAACAUUACCACUUUUUUCUGUCUUGUUUGGGGUUUAAGUCAGUGGUGUACUGCGACUGGCCACGUGGCUUACAUUUUAAGACUAAAAAGAACAGGCAGAUGACCUGGUUUAAAUGGGAGGGAAGAAAGUCCAGCAAUGAAAUUGAUGAGAAUUGCAAUGUAAAAGUGUCUCUCCCCUGCAUGUUCUGGUAAGGAGAUAUAAAAUUGUCUAUUCCAAUCUCAAAUUAACACUCUGCCUGAUGUUGAUUGUAUGAAUUUGUGGUUAAUGUGAAUUUUAAGCUAUAACAAAUGACAACUGGAUGGAGGUAGAAUGAUGCUUCAAUUGUUGUACCCAACUCCGUCAAUAAAGCCGCACAAGUUCAUAAUCUUAA